AUGAGGGGCUGGACGUGGGGGCUCGGGUUGCUCUUGGGCUAUGCCGUGAUGGCAGCAGGUGGGGAGCGGCGCCAGCCUUAUUUUUCUUGGGACACAGUGCCCGUUUACGUCCACAUGUGUAACGAGAGUGGGCCCUUCAAUGAGGAGGCGCUCGCUUUUAUGCUGCGCUUUGCCAUGAUCACCCUUGAGAAGGGCCAGGGCGAGAAUGUGUCCGUGUGCUGUGCUGAGGACAAGAUCCUGGAGCAGGCCCAAGUCAUCAAGGCACGCCGACCCGAUAUUCAUGUUCUCUACUACAUCAACAGCGUGCUGGACUGGGAAAUGUACCGCCUCCACCAGCACAUGCUAGCUCAUCCGGAACACUGGAUGUAUCAGCAGGCGGGGGCGCCCGUGCGACUGCGGGGUGAUCCCACCUUUCCGCAACCAUCCGAUGGAAUGCUUGUUUUCAAUUUCACCACGGCAGCUGGUCGUCAGUUUUGGGCACAAUCUUGCAUCAACAUGACGCAAACGGGUGUGAUCGAUGGAUGCUUCGCCGAUCGUGCUCAGAUAGGCCAGUUGCCCGGUGUCAGUGAGGCCGACAAUGCGGCAUAUGCGUUGGGCCAUCAUCAGGUCCUGCGUGAGUUACAGAAUCAGAUUCCGGGCUACCUCAUUUCUAACAACGACAACGCUACUGAUCUGGAUGCUCUGAUGAUCGAGACUUAUCAAAACGAUGCGGCAAGUUUGCAUGCCUUGAUGACCGCUGUGGCCGCCGGCCGCCUGGUGCAGGUGCAUGCCGGCUACCAUGGGAUUGAGCACGAUAGCAACUGCACCAACAUCACCAACACGCUGGCUUCCUUUCUCAUUGGUGCGGGGGAGCGAUCAUACUACGGCUGUAGCCUUGGGUGGUAUUUUGAUUCAUGGUCCCAUUGGAACGAUGAGUAUACGCGCCCGCUGGGUCGCCCGCUGGCAAACGCCACUCGCUCUGGCUCAGUGUGGGAGCGCACGUUCAGUGCGGGCGUGCACGUCACCUUUGAUGAGAGCACGGGUGUGGGCAGCAUCGAUUGGGCCGCGGGCUAG